AAAGCCCAAAAUAUAAAAACCUCAUCGGGUCUUCAUCCCCUCUUCCAGCUAAUUCACCCCCACCACCGUCCCACCGGAAUUAUUAUUCCUCCGAUUAACCACCUUUUUUCACCGAUCAAACAUCACGAUAAAGUAGCAUUUCAAUCUUGACACUGACAAAAGCAGUGUGACAGAAAGAUGAGUUCUUUUUCGAUUACACGGAAAAAGACGCCUUUUCAAAAGCAUCGCGAAGAAGAAGAAGCGAAGAAAAAGAGGGAGAAUGAGGAAGCAACUCGUGUAUAUCACGAGUUUUUGGAGUCAUUUCAGGGGGAUACUGGAUCUGGGUUAAGAGCUUUUGUUCGAGGAGGAACUGUUAACGAAGAGAAAGUGAAACCUGAAACAGGUGGAAAUUCCAAAGAAGUAUCUGGUUCAAAGAAGGGGAGUAGGUAUGUUCCUUCUUUCUUACCCCCUCCUUCGGCAACUAAGGGUAAAGAAAAUGAAAAACAGAGGGACGAAGAGAGGUCAAAGGAGAAAAACAAAGGGAAGGUAAGAAAUAUAGACUUUUUUAUGGAGGAACUUAAGCACGAACAAGAAAUGAGAGAAAGAAGAAACCAAGAACGCGAACAAUGGCAAGAUGGGCGUCAAAAUGCUACUUCAACUCUAUCUAGUCGGUUUGAUGAGUUGCCGGAUGAAUUUGAUCCUAGUGGGAAAUUCGGUUCCUUUGAUGAUGGAGAUCCUCAGACCACCAAUCUCUAUGUUGGGAAUCUUUCACCCCAGGUUGAUGAAAAUUUUCUUCUAAGGACGUUUGGAAGGUUUGGACCCAUUGCUAGUGUGAAGAUCAUGUGGCCAAGGACAGAAGAGGAGCGCAAGAGGCAAAAGAACUGUGGUUUUGUGGCUUUUAUGAACCGUGCAGAUGGACAAGCUGCAAAGGAUGAAAUGCAAGGGGUGGUUGUUUAUGAUUAUGAAUUGAAUAUUGGGUGGGGUAAAUCUGUUUCCCUUCCCUCUCAAUCACUCCCUGCCCCUCCUCCAGGACAAAUGGCAAUCAGGAGUAAAGAGGGUGCCACUGUGAUUCUAUCUGGCCCAUCUGGUCCUCCAGUUACUGCUGUCCCAACCCAGAAUUCCGAGUUGGUUCUUACUCCCAAUGUACCCGAUAUAAAUGUUGUUCUGCUUGAAGAUAUCCGUCUUCGCAAAGUAAUUGAUACAAUGGCUCUUUAUGUUCUUGAUGGAGGCUGCGCGUUUGAGCAAGCUAUAAUGGGGCGGGUCCGUGGAAAUCCUCUUUUUAGUUUCUUAUUCGAGCUUGGCUCUAAAGAGCAUACUUACUAUGUUUGGAGGUUGUAUUCCUUUGCUCAGGGUGAUACUUUGCAUAGGUGGCGAACUGAACCUUUCAUUAUGAUAACUGGUAGUGGGAGGUGGGUACCACCUGCUUUGCCAACAGCCAAGAGCCCAGAGAACGAGGAAAGUGGAGCUACAUAUGCUGCCGGAAGAAGCAGGCGUGUGGAAACUGAACGUACACUGACUGAUGCGCAAAGAGAUGAGUUUGAAGAUAUGCUUCGUGCACUAACAUUAGAAAGAAUUCAAAUCAAGGAAGCAAUGGGUUUUGCAUUAGAUAAUGCGGAUGCUGCUGGAGAGAUAGUUGAAGUUUUAACCGAGUCUUUGACUCUUAAAGAAACCCCUAUACCAACUAAAGUUGCACGACUCAUGCUUGUCUCAGACAUUCUUCAUAAUAGUAGUGCUCCUGUAAAGAAUGCUUCAGCUUACCGCACCAAGUUUGAAGCGAAUCUGCCUGAUAUACUGGAAAGCUUUAAUGACCUGUAUCGAAGUAUCACCGGAAGAAUCACUGCUGAGGCCUUGAAGGAACGAGUUCUAAAAGUUCUUCAAGUAUGGGCCGACUGGUUCUUAUUUUCGGAUGCAUAUGUGAAUGGGCUACGUUCUACAUUUCUUAGGUCUGGUAGCUCUGGUGUUGUGUCAUUUCAUUCCAUAUCUGGCGAUGCACCAGAAACUGAAGACAAGACUAGUUCUGAUGACACUGGUCCAGAUGCAGCAUUAGCAAUUGGCAAAAGGGCAGCCAUGAAAGAACUAUUGAGUCUUCCUCUUGCUGAGCUGGAAAGACGGUGCCGUCACAAUGGGUUAUCUCUUGUUGGUGGCAGAGAAAUGAUGGUGGCACGGUUGCUUUAUCUUGAAGAGUCAGAAAAACAGAGGGGUUAUGAACUCAAUGAUAGCUUGAAAUAUCCCCAGAAUCAUCAUAGAGAAGGUAAUGUUGAUACAGGCCCUGUGGGAUUUUCAGGAAGGAAUCAUCAAGUGGAAGAUGACUUUAUUCCGGAAGGAAAAGGUUCAGCGUCUAUGGCCACUAAGAUUCCAAUCCCACAACCCGAGCUAAAAGCCUUCCCUAAUAAAGCAAAGCCGGAUUCUGUAUUGCCUGCCUCUAAGUGGGCCCGGGAAGACGAAGACAGUGACGAUGAGCAAAAACGAAGUACUAAAGAUCUUGGAUUAGGCUAUUCGUCUUCUGGAAGUGAGAAUGGCGGUGGUGGGCGUAACAGCACCGAGGCAAUUCUCACUAGUUCCGAUAAUGGACUAAAUGAAGAGAAGAGACAAAAACUGAGACAGAUUGAGGUUGCUUUGAUAGAAUAUCGUGAAAGCCUGGAAGAACAGGGCAUACAGAAGGAAGAAGUUGAAAAGAAAGUGGCAGCACAUCAGAAACAGUUACAGUAUAAGUAUGGCCUCACAAAUUAUAGCGAAGAUGCACCAAAUAAGAGGACAUCUGCAGAGCGAAGGGAAAAAAGAGAUGAUUCACGUGAAUCUUCAAGAAAGCGUCAGCGAAGUCAUCAUGGCAGUGAAAGCCCACAGCGUAAAUCAUCCAGUAGAAACCGUGACAAGAGCAGAACCUAUGAUUCACAUACUGAAAGAGAGAAGGAACGUGACCAUGAUAGAGAUAAACGCAGAGAAAGAGAGAGGGACAGCCGGAGAAGAUGAACUAAUCUGAAAGUAUUAGGUGCGAUCGAUAUGAAAUCAAAUUAUUCAUGGUUCAGCUGUACAAUUCUUCUGUUUGUUGCAAAUAGCAGCAGCAGCAGCAUGUGGGUGAUAAUGAUAAAUGCAGUUUCCUGCUAGUGUUGGACAUUCUGGCAUUUUAUAUAUGGGAGAACAUAUGGGAUGUGUUUCAUGUAGCUUACAUGGUACCAUUAACAGAUCAUAUAUUUGCUGUAAACACGAUAAUCUUUUUGCAUCUCGUCGCAAAUCUGAUUUUGUUUAUUUGUAUGUUCAAGAAAAAUACUUAGUAUGCUUUGAACAUUUUAAGUGAGCAUGGAAGCCAAGUGCGACAAGUAUGGCAUGGCCAAAUUCAAAUCAAGAUUAUGUCCAAGUUAUAUUAGAUCAGUUUUGGAUUUGUAUGGGUUAAACUAUUUAAUUAAGAGUCACCAAUGGAAAAGCUUGAUUGAAACAGGAAA